AUGCAAUACUCUGGCCAUUGCAGGGAGUAUGAAAAACGACUUCACUAUCGUAACUGCGAACUUCUGAAGUUGAAACAACAGCUGGCAAAUGUUCAGCAGGCUGUGCAAGAACGAGGCAUCCUGGUCGAAAAGGAAGUAGAGUCAGAUGAAAAACUUAGGCAAGUUGAACAAAAACUCCAGGAAAAAGACACAGAAGUUCAGGAGCUCAGACGUAAGUUGGACACCGUCCAGAGUGCUUACAAGAAGGAGCUGGCCCAAGAAAAGAAUCACAGCAAAGACAUUCAGAAGCAGCUGCAUGCACUUUCAGCUGAACAUGAAAUGCUCCAGAAGAAAGUGAGUAGCAAGCAACACAGUCCUCAGACAUUCUUCUUCAAGAAUGCAAACUCCGAGAGCCAGAAUUUUGACAAGGGCAUAGGCUCCUUCCUGACGAACCUCGAUCGAGAGAAAAAAGAGCGGCUGCUUGCCAAACUCCGUGAGAUAGACCUGAGCGGCACCAUCUUCGAAGGCAACAUCAGGCGACCGCAAGCAGCCCGCCGUUUCUCAAUGGACUCCCAGCGGUCCAACUUCACGGUCAAGUCACCCGAUCUGGAGCCAAAGCAAACCCUCUACCAGAGAAGAAUGUUUGGCAGCGAAGGCCACUCCACACAACUUCCAACGUCGUUUGCAGAUAACUGGAGAGCGACACGACGGAUGUCGGACAUCCAUCCUCGGAUCGCGGGAUCUGUCCUUGACAGCAUUUUCGAGAAAGACUCUCUUUCCACGGAGCAAGGGCACGGCGCUGAAAAUGCUUCGAGAAAUGGCUGCCAGAAACUUCAGAAGACACUCACUGCAACCUUCGGGACGAGGGCAGAUGUUUUUGAGACUGAAACGUACGUCUUCACAAAGGAGGAGGAGCCUUCCAGGGACUUGGAGCCCGCGCGUCUUCUACCGUGGGAGCGGUGAACUGUUGAAAUGCUAGUCAUACGCUAGAAGUAGUGUCACAAUAACAGUGGUAGAUCCUCCACCAAGAUUAAAUCAAAAGCAUGA